GGGUUUGGUGAUCGCGUUCACUUGGCAUGGCUGAUCUUCUUCUGGACCUCUUGGACGCUGAGCGUACCGAUCCUGAAGCUCACUCCAGUCACGCCAACAACCCUGCAGUCCUCACAACCAAACUCCAAUAUCUUGAUCACUUGGCUGAACAAUCCCAAGCAUCACUGUUAUCUGCAGAGCCACAAAGUUUAGCCCACUCAUCACAUUCGCUGCUCCUCUCACUUCAAGACAUAUCGAAAAGAUCCCACAAGACAGUGGUUGACUCGGCGAGCCGUCAUGCCACUUUGGGAAGAGCGCUCCCAAGGCUUAUGAAGGGCACCACACAGCUGCAAAACGCCAUCCCGAAGGUCGACUCCGAAGCCCUUCAUUUCUCUUCAACGUAUAGCAAAGCCAGCGAUAACAACAACCUGCUUCGAAGACGCCGCGCCCUUUUACUGCUCGAUAAUGUUGAACGUCUUGUUGACGUUCUAGAGCUCCCCGCAUUGCUUUCCUCGGCCAUCACAGCGGUACCGCCGAACUAUGCCACAGCUCUUGACUUAAACGGCCAUAUCAGACGACUGAAUCUGCUGCAUCCUGAUUCUCCUUUGAUUGCAUCCGUCUACCGCCAGGCGAGCGAAGCGAUAGACCGCCUCACAGCGGAUCUUGUUGCUACGCUAAAGGCCCCCGGCCUUAAACUAGCCACGGCUUUGCGGACUGUGAGCUGGCUUAGGAGAGUCCUUCCUGAUUUUGAUGGCGAUUCCAGCACCGGACGCGACAUCCAGGAGCGAACCUUGUCACUCCUGUUUCUUCGUUGCCGCCUCGCAACCCUAGCAACCACGCUCGACGCGCUGCUUCCACUCCAGGAGUUGGCUAACGAGGAAAAAGCUAGGCAGUCUAGCUCGCGUAACGCUCAGAGUUGGUCUGGCGGCCAGCAAACAGAACGAUUCCUCAAACGCUAUGUCGAGAUAUUUCGCGAGCAAAGCUUCAGCAUUGUAUCGAUGUUCAAAAGUAUAUUCGGUUCACCAGCAGCAACCUUACCGGGCCAGCCUGCGAGUGAUCCUCUGCAACCCCUGCCUUCGGUCCUCUCUGCUUUCCCCCUUCAGUUAAUCGAAAAGCUGCUUGAGACGCUGCACGAAUAUCUUCCCGCUGUCAAAGACCAAGCUGCCAGAGACAGCAUCCUUACACAAGUACUAUACUGUUCUGGUAGCAUGGGUCGACUCGGGGGUGAUUUCGGCAUGCUUCUGCCCGGAAUAAGGACCGCAGAAUACCGGGUUGCAUCAGAAGAUGCCGGAAAUACCGAGUGGGUUGAUGUGGUAAAGAGACAUCGAUUGCUGGCGGGACGGCUGGACUCAAUCAUCGGGGACUAUAAGGGUACUGCCAUGAGAGGCACAUGAAGGUCGACAGAUACGAAAUCCACAAUUAGGUCCUGUGGCUCCC